CUGUCAAAACGUCGCAUUUAACGUCGAGUGAACACGUUUUUCAAGCAAAAAGUAAACAAUAAUCCACCUAAACAUUAAAACAAAACCUCCUUUAAUUCGGCGACUGAACUGAAGGAAACUACGAAAAUCGAACCAUGGCAAAAAGUAUUAGAAGCAAAUGGAAACGAAAAUGCAGGGCGGUCAAACGGGUACGUUACGGCGAAAAGGAACUGGAUCGUCUCAAGAAAACUCUGGCAAACGACCCUUUGAAUAAAAGUCUGGACUCCAAGGAGCCGCUGAAGGACAUCGAGGAGAUCGCCAACGUGAAAACAGCAUCUGAAAUACAAGCUCAAGCAUCUCAAUCCGCUCAGGCCGAUGGUUCCAUGGAGUUAGAUGAAGUGACAAAGAAGUUUGAUCCGAAAACUUACAGGGAUAAAAAUGGGGCCUUCCCAGUGUGGCUACACCCUCGCAAGAUCAAAAAAGGUAACAAGGGCAAAAAGAAGAAUAAAGUAAAAAAGAAUAAGAUAAAAGGGAAGAAAUAAUUGGGGAUAUUUACUGUAAAAUAGUUGUAAGUUUGAUGAAUAUGUAUUUGUUACAUAUUUAUAUAUAUUUGUUUAAGGAGAAAA